AGAUACUGAAAUAUAUUCUUUAUUAAAAUAUCCGUACUUCAUUUAAUGAUAUCUUGAAAAUCGAAGUUAACAUAUUUAUCUUUAUUUUCUUUAAUGAUAAAGUUAGUUUAUUGAUUUUUUUAUAAAUAUCUUAAAUGAUAUGAUUUGCUCAUUUUUUGCUACUUAAAAUCAUUUGAUUUGGGUUUAACGCCGUUUUUCAAAAGUAUUUUAGUUAUGUAAAGGCAGGCAGUUAAUGUAUCCAGUGUUCCUGGAUAUCUAUACCAGUACAAACCUGUCCUCCGCAAGUAAUUGCCGACUUCCCCACAUGAAUCAGAGAUUUAGGACGAAUGAUUGCAGACACAAUCAAUGUCUUUUAUCAAAUCAUCAUGGAGAAGAUACGCCCCGCCCGGGGAUCGAACUCACGGCCCCGCGAUCGAUAGAUCUGCGCUUUAGCUACUUAGCUAAGGUUAUAUUAUUAAAAAGGAAAAAUCCAAUAAUUAACUGAUGAUGACACCAAUGAAUUUUGUGAUAUAUCCAUAAACGAAUUUGUGAUAUCCACUACUGAAUUGCAUUUACACAUAGAUAAAUUUAGGAUAAUUAUCACGGUAUAGUAAAUAAAUAGUAAAGACAAAAAAUAUACAACGGUUAAUUAUAUAUUUAAAGGCAUUACAAUAAUCGGUUUGAAAUAAAAUUACUGAGUUAAACUCCAUAAUUACCAAUAUUUUCCUGUCGCGUUGAACAAAGGUAUCAAACUUGACAACUUCUUUUUACAGUUUAUAUUGUCAUCUUAAUAGUGUUUACUAUUUAUACCAAACAGCUUUCGCUCUACUUGUCUCAACUUACCUAGAUGCUAUUAAAGCUGGAGAAGUUCCAAACAUAGAUGAUGCUGUAACGGCUGUCACAAACAUGGAAAAUGAAAACAUGGUAAAUGCUGCAAUUGAAGAUUUUAGAUGCAGUAUUGAAAGAAUUCAGCUGCCUGUACUAAAGCCUAAAGAAUUUGAAGAUAUCUAUAAUGAACUGAAGCAAGUCUCAUUAUCACACUUCAGACAAGGCAUGGUAAAAGUGUCUGCAAUUCACAAGACACGUGCAAUUGACGAAGUUGAAAUUAUUUGGAAGGCCAAGAGUGAUGAAAACAGAGCCCUAGUAAGGAAUUACUACCAGGAAAGCUUAAAAAACAUGUAUGAUAGAACUGUAGGGAAGAACCUCGCCAGUAAAAAAUACAGUACAGAUGGUGGUAACGAAUCAUACAAACGUGAUAUGAACGCGAUGAUUGUAAAUUACUUGUUGGAAACGGAGGGCAGUUGGGACAAUGAAAUCAAAUAUGUUUUAACCGUAUUCCUGGAACACGAAUCAGCCAAUGAACGUGAAGUCGAACGCAUGUCUGAAGACAGAAGGAAAGACAAAUUAUUCAAAGUGAAUGAAGCACUAAAACGCAUUGACAAUGAUCUCAAGAAUAUAUUAGAAACGGUGACAAAGCACACAUGGAGUUACUUCAAGAAAACAGAGGCAGACAUACAUGACUAUUUGCAAAAGCAAGAAAAUAUGAUGCAUGAAUUGCAGACAGCAAUUAGAACUAAUGACGCGAUCUUACGUACCUUAAAAGAAGAAAACCAGAAGCUUAAAGAGGAGUGCGAAUACUUAUUUGAACAAGCCAGACAGGAAGUAGAUCUACUGAACCUAAAGUUAGAAGGCUAAUUAUAAUCAAGAUAAACAAUAAAACAAAUUGAUCAGUUAUGUUAAAUCAUGAUUCAAUAAACGAAUAACAUAACCAUGCAAUGCUAAUUGUGACAAAAUGAACUAUAUGAAAUCAAUUUGUUUGACACUAGAAAAAAUAUUGUUUUAUUUUUGUAAAUUUCUGUCUAUAACAAAAAUCUUACUCAUGUAUAAAAUAUACCAUCGCAACUUCA